AACAGAUUGUAACUCAGUGGUUUUCUCUAUUUGCAGGUUGCUAUCAAGUUUGUGAAACGAAGGCAAACAAACCGUUACUUUAUCAUGCCUGGAUCUGGAAUGGUUCUCACAGAACUAGUAGUGUUGCACACAUUAAAGGAGGAUCCAAACCCUCAUGUGAUCAAACUUUAUGACAGCUAUGAGGAUCCGGAUUACUUCAUACUCGUCAUGGAGCGGCCUGAUCCUUGCAUGACCUUGAAUGAGUUUAUUCAUCUUCAACGAGGUCUGCUGGAAUCAACAGCACGCAUCCUAAUGCGUCAGGCAGUCAUGGCUGUAAAACAUUGCUUUAAGCAUGAGACUUUUCAUACUGACCUCCACGCUGGCAACUUCCUCGUGGAUAAAAACAACAUGCUGCUGAAGCUGAUCGACUUUGGGUGCUGUGACCGAUUAAGAGACACGGCCUAUGCAUAUGAAGAGUAUUUGGGGGCACCGGCUUAUCGGCCACCUGAGGUCCGCAACAGGGGCAGAUACCACGCCAUGUCAAGCAGUGUCUGGUCUCUGGGAACUCUGCUCUAUUAUAUGGUUAAUGUAAACUUGCCCUUUCCCAAAUAUGGGCCGGUAACUGAAGGCACAAUAAACCACGAGAAUGACUAUUUAACAAAGCAGAUUCAGGAUCUGAUUGAGAAGUGCCUGUCCAUUGAUCCAGCUAAACGACCAACUCUAGACCAGAUGUUAGAACAUCCCUGGUUUAAAAUGGGUGAAGAAGGAGGGAUGUCAGCCGAAUUCCGUCAGAUCAUGGAUGAACUCACCGACAAAGCCAGUUAG